UCUCUCAUCAGUUAUUCAAUCCCGCAAAUACACGUCUCCCUCCCUUUCCAAGCAACAUCUCCUUCACCCCCCCCACUCCCAUAUAAAACUAAACUACCCACCUCUCCCCACAAACCCACAAAACAACACCAAUCCCUCCUCUCUCUCUCUCUCUCUCUCUCACAGAUCGGACUCGCAAGUCCUGGCCUGUUCGUGGAACGAUCGACUUACCUGUGGACAGAAAAACGAAACCGCACGAAAACCAUGUCUGUCGGCGACUUUGACCCGAACCCCAAACCCAAACCCGUCGUGAUCCGAGAGGUCUGGUCCACCAACCUCGAGUCCGAAUUCGACCUCAUCCGCAACCUCAUCGACCGCUACCCUUACAUCUCCAUGGACACCGAGUUCCCCGGCGUCGUCUUCCGUCCCACCGCAACCGCCCUCAACCACCACCAGCAGCGCCGCCGCCUGGAACCUUCCGACCACUACAAGCUCCUGAAAUCCAACGUCGACGCCUUGAACCUCAUCCAGGUGGGCCUCACCCUCUCCGACUCCUCCGGAAACCUCCCCGACCUCGACGGCACCACCGCCUUCAUCUGGGAAUUUAACUUCAGAGACUUUGACGUCGCGCGUGACCCCUACGCGGUCGAUUCCAUUGACUUAUUGCGUCGUCAGGGGAUCGAUUUCGACAAGAACCGAUCCAACGGGGUUGACUCGGCCAGGUUCGCCGAGUUGAUGAUGUCGUCGGGGCUGGUCUGCAACGACUCGGUGAGCUGGGUGACGUUUCACAGCGCGUACGACUUCGGUUACCUCGUGAAGAUCCUCACGCGCCGCGAGUUGCCGGGCGGGCUGGAGGAGUUUUUGGGGAUCCUGAGGGUGUUUUUCGGAAACAACGUUUACGACGUGAAGCACUUGAUGCGGUUCUGCCAGAGCUUGUUCGGGGGGUUGGACCGGGUGGCGAGGACGCUGGAGGUGAGCCGGGCGGUCGGGAAGUGCCACCAGGCCGGUUCGGACAGCCUGCUGACGUGGCAUGCGUUCCAGAAGAUGAGGGAUUUGUACUUUGUGGAGAAUGGGCCGGAGAAACACGCCGGCGUUUUGUACGGAUUGGAGGUUUUCUGAGAAGUGAAAAAAUAUAUAUAUUCGAUUUAUUUAAUUCUUUUGGCACAAUUGUCUAAGGUGAAUUUUGUAAAUUAAGUUGGCUAUAAUAUCAGAAUAUUGAAUUGAAAUCA